CAGACGCUGAAGAUACAACACAGUCUUGUUUCCUGCUGCAGCUUACAUCAGGUAAAACAACGCAUUUGAAUCUAUCUAUGCCUGUUUGUGUGUGUGUGUGUGUGUGAAGAUAGAUGCUUUUUUACAAAUGUUUUCUUCUACAAUGUUUUAGAGUUGUUAAGAAUAAAAAAUACAGAUCAAACUGACGCUGCUUUUACUUGCAAAACAAAACAAGUUUUGUUAAUGUGUUAAAUACGUAAAUACGAAAAAAUAUAUUCUGAAACUGUAACAAAUCAAACACAUUUUUGACCCAAUAUGUAUCAAAUUGAUAAUUACCACAAGAUGGAUGCGGAUCAGAAGCGUCUUUUUACUUCCAAAGGCAGUGACGUCUAUUGUAAAGCAACAACAUAAUGAAAGAUGGUUUAGUUUGUCUGAGGACAGCGAUGUUUAAAGCAGAGCAUGGUAUUGGUCCAAAGACAACUUGUUGAUAUUUAAAUACUUUCCAAAGGGCAGAUUCACUGAGCCAACAAUAAAGAAAGCCAAUGCUCUGCACUCAGGCAGGGGAAAAUACAGGAAAAUGAGUGGGACAAACCUCACUGAAACACACGAUCCUGAUUCGGCCUUAAAAGCGGAGAAAGAAGCCGACUGGGUGGACAAAAACCGGGCUAAGCUUAUUCAGGAUGUCAUUUUAGUGAUGCCAAUAGCGGAUAAGAUGCUUCAGCAGAAGAUAAUGCAGAGAGAGAUGUACGACAACAUCAGGGUAGCCCGGACCAGCCAGGACCAGAUGAGGGAGCUCUACACGACCAUCAGAUGUGUACCAACCAAAUCUGCUUUCUAUAGAAUCCUCCAGCAAAUUCAGCCAAAGAUAUGCGAAACAGAAGAUGUCGUCAAAGAAGUCAUCAACAAGCACAAAGAAUAUAUGAGGGAAAAGUUCAGAUAUGAGUUUGAAGGCACUGAAGAAGAUCAUGAGAAUAUACAAUCACUGGACAAGAUUUACACAGAACUUCACAUUGUACAAGGAGAGAGUGAACAUGUCAAUUUAGAACACGAGAUCUGGGAGAUUGAAGAUAAGGUGAGGUGUCAAACAGCCGAGGACAUUAAAAUCAACUGCAAUGACAUCUUCAAAAGUACACCAGCAGAUAGCGAGUCAUCCGGGCAUGACAGAAGGAAAGUGAAAGCUAUCAGGACCGUGAUGACAAAGGGAAUUGCCGGCAUUGGAAAAACUGUCUCCGUGAAGAAGUUCAUCCUCGACUGGUCAGAUGGGACAGCCAAUCAGGACUUGGACUUCAUCUUUGUGCUACCGUUCAGGGAGCUAAACCUGGUCAGUGAUCAGCAUAGCCUUGAGUCACUUGUGAGAGAAUUCCAUCCAAACCUUAACGACGUAGCAGUUGCCAGAAUAUUUGAAAAUCACAAAGUUCUGUUCAUUUUUGAUGGUCUUGAUGAAAGCCAGCUUGAACUGGAUUUCGGAAAAACCGAGUUAUUGACGGAUGCCACGAAGAAAUCGUCAGUGGACACUCUGGUGACCAACCUCAUCAGGGAGCACCUUCUUCCCUCCGCUCUUGUCUGGAUAACCUCCAGACCAGGACACAUUCAGCGCAUCCCUCGCAAACAUGUAUACAAGUGGACUGAAGUCAGAGGAUUCAACGAUCCACAAAAACAACAGUACUUCAGGAACAGAGUUGAAGACAAGGCAGUUGCUGAAAGAAUAAUUGACAGCAUCAUGAUGUCCAGGAGCUUAUACAUCAUGUGUCACAUACCUAUCUUCUGCUGGAUUGCGGCAAAAGUUCUCGAGUAUUUGCUGCUAAAAAUGGACAGAACUAAAGAUGGAGACAUAACGAUACCCACAUCUCUUACUGAGAUGUACACACACUUCCUUUGCAUUCAAAUGCAGGUAACUACCAAAAAGUACGACAACCAGUACGAGUUAGACAUAGAGUACAUCAUGAAGUCAAAUGAAGAAUUCAUUUUUAGAUUAGGCAGAUUGGCAUUUGAACACCUGAUUGAAGGAAAAAUCAUAUUUACUGGCAAUGAACUGAAAAAAUAUGGCAUCGACAUACACAAAGCUGGACUUCGCAGUGGGUUGUGCACAGAGAUACUCAAAGAAGAGAGCGUGUUCAACCGCAAGAAACUCUACUGCUUUGUGCAUCUGACAGUUCACGAGUACUUUGCUGCUCUCUAUGUGUACUGCAGCUUUGCAAGUAAAAAGAUAGAUUCUCCAGUCCUCAAAGAAUUCCUGCUCAAUGGGUCAGAGGAAGGGCUCAAGUCUACCUUGGAUGCAGAUCCAAUUGAUUUACCUUUGCCUGAGCUGAUGGAAAUUGCAAUAUCUAAUUCAACGCCGAGAAAGACAGGAGAACUGGACAUGUUCCUCAGGUUCCUUAUUGGCAUGUCCCUACAAUCAACACAAGAACUGCUCCAAGGCUUGAUUCAGCAGGAAGAGAACCACUCUGCAGCUGUUGAGGAAAUUAGGACAAGUCUUUUAGAAAUAGAGUUUGGGGACUGCUCACCUGAGAGAUGUCUGAACCUUGUUCACUGCCUGAUCGAGCUGAAAGACAAUUCCCUGCAUGAAACCGUGCACAAGUAUCUAAAACCAGACCACAAUCCAGAAACACAGCUCUCCUCUGUUCAGUGCUCAGCUCUGGCCGCCUCAAUUCUGAUGUCAAAUACGCCUCUAGAUGAAUUCAACCUGAAGAAAUACAGACCAUCUGCUAAAGGUGCUUUUAGGCUUGUCCCAGCCGUGAGGAACAGCAGAAAAGCAAGAAUCUCUGGCGUGUGGCUUGGUGUUUGGGGUUGUGCAACAAUCUCCUCAGCUCUAAGAAUGCAUAACUCCGUGCUAACUGAACUGCACCUGAUAAAUAAUUUCUUUGAUGACAAAGGUGCAGAGAUCCUGAUUGAUGGACUGCUAAACUCUCAGUGUAAACUAGAAGCUCUGAGCUUCUCAGGUAAUGUAGGUUCACAACCAGUCUGCGAAAAUAUGGCAUCAGCUAUCAAGAUCAAGUUCAUCUCAAAACUAAGGGAACUGGAGCUGAGUGGAAACGCACUGCAAGAUUCCUUAUGCUCAUUGCUUUCUGUUGGGCUAGACAGCCCUAAACUGGAGAAGCUCAGACUCAACAGAAAUCCUGGUAUUAGAAGAAUCUGUGAGGAGUUGAUGACGGCUUUCACAUCCAACCCAUGUCACCUGCGAGAGCUGGAACUGAGUUACACCAGUCUUGAAGACUCAGAAAUGGAGAUCCUCUCUACUGGGCUGAUGAGCACGAACUGUUCUCUGGAAGUGUUGAGUCUCAGUCACAACAGGCUCACUGAGAAAGGCUGUGAGCAGCUGGCCUCAGUACUCAGCUCCAAAUCUUCCCACCUGACAGAGCUGGACCUGAGCUACAAUGACCUGCAGGACUCAGGAGUCAUGGCGCUCUGUACUGCACUGAAGAGCCCAAACCGUUUGAAAACGCUAAGGCUGUCAUCCUGUAAAGUGACAGAAGAUGGAUGUGCCGCCCUAGCCUCGGCUCUGAGGUCUGACCACUGCAGCCUCAGGGAGCUGGACCUGAGCUUUAAUCACCUGGCACAUCAAGGAGUCGAGCUGCUGACUGAAAUACAGAGGGAUUCACGCUACAGUCUGGAGAAGCUCAAUGUGGAUGAAAACGAAGAGUUCUGGUUUGACCUGCAGCUCCUGAGACAGUAUGCAUGUGAUCUGACACUGGACCCGAACACAGCAGGCCUGAAUACAGUUUUGUCAGAGGAGAACAAAAAGGCAACAUAUGUUCAAGAGGAGCAGCCGUAUCCUGAGAAUCCAGAGAGAUUUCCACACUGUCAAGUUCUGUGUGAAGAGGGUCUGACCGGUCGCCAUUACUGGGAGGUUGAGUGUGAUUCAGCUGAUGUUGGAGUUGCAUACAAAAGUAUGGACAGGGUGAACGACCGUUCAAGUGAAUUUUCUUUGGGGAAAAAUGAAAAGUCCUGGUGCUGGUUUUCUAACGGGAGCUUUGGUCAUUACAAUUCCGAUUUUGAGUUUGUGGACUGUGCUACAAAAAGAAGCACCAUUGGAGUGUAUCUGGACUGGCCGGCGGGUGUUUUGUCCUUUUUUGAGGUCUUUCCUGAUAAACUGACCCACCUGUACACUGCCUGUACGACCUUCACUGAACCACUCCAUCCUGGUUUCAGUUUUGCAGAGGGAUCAGUUUACCUCUGUAAAAUAAAGCAACCCAAAACAUCUUUGUGAAAACAUUGUAUGUAUAACCACAAAGAGCGGCUCCCUGCUGGAUACAUGCAAAAACAGUGAUACAAGACCUGUAGAAUAAUUCAAUGAUAAAAUGAAUCUGUACCGUGGUCCAAAAAAAAGCCUGAGUAACAUACAGUUUUAAACAUAUGGGUCUGAAGGAUUAAUACACAAACCCAUUAGAGCAGUGGUGUCAAAAUCAUUUUCACUCUGGGCCACAGCAGCAUCACGGUCGCCCUCAAAGGGCCGGUUGUAACUGUAAGAAUGUGUAAA